UUCGCCGCUGAUAGAGCUGAAGCCUCGUGACCCCGCGCUCUCUGCUUCCACAUCGCGUCUGCAUCUUUCCGCGAACAGGUCCCUUGCCGCGCCAUGGGGUCCCUCGCCCUCAUUCCCUUCCUCCUACUCCUGUCCUCCUGCGCAACCCUGGGGCAGGACUGGGCUGGAGGAGAGGUCCUAAGCAGUCUGCAGCCCUUCGGUCGUGAGGCCCCGCUCGAGUUCAGGAAUGUGGAGGACGUGGUGGCAGAGGUCGGCAGGGCGGCUGUUCGGGAACCUGGAGAUGGACAACCGUGGUCGCUGUACCUGCCGGUGUUCGCCGACGCCACGUCCCCCUGCGGCGUCGCGGUGGCCGCCAUGGCCUCCGCCCUCGAGGGGAGCGUCUCCCAAAAGGAAGACUUGCUCGGAGUCUUGCAGAUGGUGGACUCGUGGGCGAAGGCGCGCGACGGCCUCCUCUACGGCGUGCCCUUCGUGCUGGGCGUCGGGUCCUACGGCGAGUGCCUCCGCGCGCGCGCCCCCGACCUCGACAUCAAGGAAAGUACUGCUCUGUCGUAUUUACGUGACAGUAACAUGUCUGAAUUCGCGACUGUAAAAUAG